AGAGCGCUUGAUAUUUCAUCCAUAUUGUUAUUUUUAAUUUAUAGUUGACCAACGAUGUUUAAAAACAGAAGUUUAAUUUUUUUUGCAGAAUAAAACUAAACCGGGAAGCGACACAAAGCUUUGUACAAUUGCAGGCUAACAUCUUAGCUUUGCUGGAAGUCUGUUAUUGUUAGCUGUUGAACAGGAAGUAAACUCUACACUGUUGUUUAUAUUCAAUUUAUUGUCGAAGUUGGUGGAGUGGAGACUUUGGACGUCUUUAGGGUCCAUGAACAUUAAUUUGUUCUUUCUUUACGUCCGAAGAACGUCUUGUCAAAUUAAUAAUGAGCAGCGCGAUUCCGAGGAAAAGACGGACAGCUUCUACUUCAUGUUCGCGACGCAACAGCAAAAGAAGCAGAACACAAAUGUCUCAGGCUUCCAUGGAAACCAUUGAUGUGAUAGAAAGCGACAGGUUAAGCAGUGAAGAGGUCGUCGAUUUAACCUGCGAAGGAUCAGAGCCUGCUGUGGUUGAUCUCACGAACAAUGAUUCAGUUGUGCUGGUGGAUGAUGGUACACAGAGCAGACACACCGAGCAGGACACGGAGAGUUAUGUUCUGAGCAGCGAUGACGAGGAAGAGCAGUGUCCAGGUCUCAAUCCAGCUCUCCUGUCAUCACUACAUGCAAGUGCAAAAGCCAGGUCUACACCUGGAGCGGUUAGCUGCCCUGUGUGCAUGGAUGCUUAUGCAGAGGUCAUCGAGAGCGGACGGCUCAUGGUCUCCACCAAGUGCGGCCAUUUGUUCUGCAGCCAGUGCAUCCGUGACUCCCUCGCCCGGGCUCACAACUGCCCCACGUGCAGGAAGAAACUCAAUUAUAAGCAGUAUCACCCCAUCUAUAUCUGAGAAACACACUGUGGUUUCACAGUUCUGUGUAAUCAGACUUGCACUUUUAUGGUUCUUGUGUUUUUGCCGUAUUCCUUCCUAAAAGCUGGCACGGUACAUCACCUGAGCUUCUUAGCAUCAUACAUUACUGGAUUAAUGUCCAUAAAGAGAACUUCAUCUGCUCAAGGACCUGGAACCAGAAAGCAGUUCAUUUCUUUGUAAAGUAUUGCUUUUAAUGGUACAGUCCCACUUAAAAAUAUUGGUUCCUAGUGUGAUGUAUUUUUACCGUGUUUCACAGGACUCUGUAGCUAGAGUGCAUCGUGUGUGUGUGUGUUUGUCUUAGAACAAAGUAAAAUGAAUGCUUAAUGAUGCACUCUGCUGCAUACUGUCUGGAUCGGUCACUAUGCCAUGUAAGAGCCCAAGCCCUGUUUCAUCAGACAAACUGAAUUCGCCAUCUGCUUUUAGGUUAUGUAGCUGCAAUCUGUUAACAACUGUGUGCAACUGGUUUGUUCCAUGAAUCCAUUCACUGUAAAUAUUUGUAUGCAUGAAUGUACAAAAUUCUAGUAAGUUAAUAGUAAGGAAUGUGUAGAGUAAACCUAUUCCAAUAAAAACUGCAAUACCAUCA